UCGUUGUUUUGCAUAUCGCUACAGCGGGCGCCGGGGCUCGGGCGAGUUAAGCACACACGCAGUCCCCGUAUUGUGUGCAACCCUAGAAGGCAAGAGAAAGCGGGCGGGCAGGCAGGCAGGCAGUCCGGGCAAGCGAAGCGGCCGAGCCGAGGAAGAGCUACCGAGCGCGUGUGCUGGAAUGGCUGAAGGGUUAACUUCCUAGAAAAAAACUGCACUACCUACGGCGGCGUGGCAAGAGGAGCUCGGAGACUGUAAUGGCAGAUUCCAACGGGGCACGUUUUUACCUGCUGGUUGGAGAGGACUGACGACAAACUGCCGCCUUUCCAUGGGGCUGGAAGGAAGGCGAGGCGCUGAAACGUCGGCUCCUCGCGCGGCGGGACUGUGCUGAGUGAGAGGAAGGGGAAGGGAACGAAGAGGACGCUUGCUUCGGCCGAGGGUUCGCGGAGAGGUGGGAAAGGAGGGAGGGAGGCAGCCAGCAGCGCGAGACGAAGGACUCGGAGCAGCCCCAGGGCCCGGGCGGGGCGCGCUCGCGGAACUUGGCCCCUGUUCCUGAAGGGACCGUCCCCGGCCGGGCGGUGCGCGCGAGGGAGCUUCUGGCAGCCGCGGCGACAAGGAAGGGUCUCGCGAUGCGCUGCCUGGCUCUGCUCGGUUUCUUCGCCUGGGGCUUCGGCUGCUUGGCUGGGCCCAGCGAAGGAGCUUCCCUUCCUCCAUGCCCGGCUUCCUGUAGCUGCGAUGGGGACGGAGGAGUUGACUGCUCCGGGAGGGGGCUCACCGCCGUGCCUGAAGGACUCAGCGCCUUCACCCGUUUACUGGACAUCAGUAUGAACAAUAUAACAAGAUUACCAGAGGAUGCCUUCAAGAAUUUCCCUUAUCUUGAAGAGCUACGGGUGGCUGGCAAUGACCUUGCUUUUAUUCAUCCAAACGCAUUGUCUGGGUUGAAGGAACUCAAAGUUCUCACUUUGCAGAACAAUCAGCUGAAAACUAUUCCUAAUGAGGCCAUCAGAGGACUCAGUGGAUUACAGUCCUUGCGUUUAGAUGCUAAUCACAUUACAGCUGUUCCAGAAGACAGUUUUGAAGGUCUAAUUCAACUACGUCACCUGUGGCUGGACGAUAAUAGUUUGACUGAAGUUCCAGUUCUUCCACUCAGCAAUCUUCCCUCACUGCAGGCUUUAACUUUGGCUCUCAAUAAAAUAACUGAAAUCCCUGACUUUGCAUUCAGAAAUCUGUCAAGUCUUGUUGUUCUACAUCUCCAUAACAAUAAAAUAAAAACAUUGGGCCGACACUGUUUUUAUGGAUUAAACAACCUAGAAACUUUGGACUUAAAUUAUAACAGCAUGGUGGAAUUUCCAGAAGCAAUUAGGUCACUUCCAAGCAUAAAGGAAUUGGGAUUUCACAGCAAUUAUAUUUCCAUGAUUCCUGAUAAUGCAUUUAGAGGAAACCCACUUUUAAGAACAAUACAUUUGUAUGAUAACCCUUUAUCCUUUGUUGGGAACUCAGCCUUUCAAAAUUUAUCAGAUUUGCAUUCCCUAGUCAUUCGCGGGGCCAACAUGGUGCAACAGUUUCCUAAUUUAACGGGAACUAUCAGUCUGGAGAGUCUAACUUUUACAGGUACCAAAAUAAGUAAUAUUCCCACCAGUCUAUGCCAAGAGCAAAAGAUACUUCGGACUUUGGAUUUGUCUUACAACAAUAUAAAAGAACUUCCAAGUUUUAAAGGCUGCAGUUCCCUAGAAGAAAUAUCUUUGCAGCAUAAUCAGAUUGAGGAAAUCAAAGAAGAUACAUUCCAAGGACUAACAUCUUUGCAUACUCUUGAUCUCAGCAGAAACUUGAUCCACCAGGUUAACUUGGAAGCAUUUACUACGCUGGGUGCUAUUACCAACCUAGACUUAAGCUUCAAUGCAUUGACUUCAUUUCCAACUGGAGGUCUGAGUAGAUUAAAGCAACUUAAACUGAUAGGCAAUGGUGAACUCAAAGAAAAAUUAUCACCAAAGGACUUCAUGAAUCUCAGAUCUCUGUCUGUUCCUUAUGCCUACCAAUGUUGUCCUUUCUGGGGUUGUGACUCUUAUUUGAAUUCCAAUAUUGAAGAUCCCAGCCUCCAGAAUCAGAGUCGAACAAUUUUAAAUAAUCAGGGUGUACCAGAUGUAGAUGACUUAAGCAGUGUUGAAAAGAAAGAACCAGGCCAAACAGUAAUUCACUGUACCCCCACAACAGGUGCUUUCAAGCCAUGUGAAUACCUGCUGGGAAGUUGGAUGAUUCGUCUUACAGUCUGGUUCAUUUUUUUGGUUGCCUUAUUCUUCAAUAUGCUUGUCAUCUUAAGUAUAUUUGUUGCUUCUACUUCACUUCCUUCUGUCAAAUUGUUCAUUGGAUUGAUUUCUAUCUCUAAUUUACUGAUGGGAAUCUACACGGGUAUAUUAACUUUCCUGGAUGCAGUUUCUUGGGGACGGUUUGCUGAAUUCGGUAUUUGGUGGGAAACCGGCAGUGGCUGUAAGGUGGCUCGGUUUCUGGCCAUAUUCUCUUCAGAAGGGGCCAUUUUUUUCCUUCUGUUAGCUACUAUUGAGCGGAGCUUGUCUGCCAAGGAAAUCAUUAGAAAGGGUAAAAGCAACCAUCAGAACCACUUUCGAAUUGCAGCCAUGUUUGCAUUCUUGUGUACAUUGAUAGCAGCAUGCUUGCCAGUCUUCCAUAAAGGAGAAUAUUCUGGGUCACCCCUUUGCUUACCCUUUCCUACUGAAGAAGCCCCCUCUUUGGGCUUCACGGUUACACUAGUGCUGCUUAACUCAUUAGCCUUUUUGCUAAUGGCUGUUAUUUAUACAAAACUUUACUGCAAGCUAGAAAAGGAAGAUCUCUCCAAGAACAAUCAAGCUAGCAUGAUUAAACAUGUUGCUUGGUUAAUCUUCACCAACUGCAUCUUUUUUUGCCCUGUUGCAUUUUUCUCUUUCGCUCCACUCAUCACUGCAAUCACUAUAAGCCCUGAAAUUAUGAAGUCUGUCACUCUGAUAUUUUUCCCACUGCCUGCUUGUUUGAACCCAGUUUUAUAUGUGUUCUUCAACCCCAAAUUCAAGGAAGAUUGGAAAUUACUGAGAUGGCACAUCACCAAGAGGAAUGGGACUGGAACAGUUGCUGUCAAUACACAAACUGGAUGUAGGACUCACGAUUUCUACUAUGACUGUGGCAUGUACACACAUUUGCAGGGCAGCUUAACCAUGUGUGAAUGUUGUGAGUCACUUCUUAUAUCCAAGCCUGCACCAUGUAAACAUUUAGUAAAAUCUCACAGUUGUCCUGCUCUGACCAUAGUGCCUUGUCAAAGGCCUGAUGGCUGUUGGUCAGAUUGUGGUACGCAGUCUGCCCAUUCUGAUUACGCUGAUGAAGAAGACUCAUUUGUAUCGGAUAGUUCAGAUCAAGUACAGGCCUGUGGACGUGCUUGUUUUUAUCAGAGCAGAGGCUUCCCAUUAGUUCGUUAUGCCUACAACACCCCGAGGAUUAAAGACUGAAAGCAAACCAUAUGCUAAAAAGGAGGAAGCAUAAUGUUUCAUAUAGACCAUGCCUGUUUCACUCUUUCAUCUGAAAGCACUUUUAUUAAUCAUUGUAUGAUAUUAAUUAUAAAUAAGGGAUGUAGGCCUAAGUACCCUGAACUAUACAUUUAAAAUAAGAGCUGUUGCUCUUACUGUAAAUAAUUAGAAAACCAAAAUUUGUAAUCCGGUUUUUUAAAACUUUUUGCAAGCAACUAUAUAUUAUGUUUUAGACUUAUUUCCAUGUUAUGCAGUUGUAAUUUCAUUUUUCUGUUGUGAUAUUGAUCCUGAUAACUUUUAUAAAUAAGCACAAUACAAAAGAAUAUUAUAGAUUUUUUUUGGAGCUGGGGUGGGGGGGUGUUGCUAACUUUUGUAUAGCAUUUUUGACUGAAUCUCAGGACAAUUUACUGCAGGGCCAAAAGAUGGGAGUAUUUUUCCCAUAUGCAACUGUGAGAUAAAUACAGACAAAACAUUCUGUGUUUUCUUAAGUCAAAUUAUGGGCUAAUUUGUCUAUAAUUAAAAAUAUUUAUUUCAGUCAAAUACUUAUCACCCCUAUAGUAUAUUCUGAGUAGUUUGACAUAGUUACCUUUAUCUAGAGAAUACUGCUUGAAAACAGUUUGAAAUUGAUUUUUUGCAUACUUACAUGGACAUCAAACUCAGGUUUGCUGCACUAAUAUUUAACCUUUGAUUCAAAUAUAUACUAUUAGAACAUUCCUACAAUCUUGAGAUUAUUUUGGAGUUCUGUCAUUAUAAUCGUUUCUAGCCUCCAAAAUGGGGAUGUUCUCAGCUGUAUACAUUGGAAAAUGGGCUGCAGACAUACUGUGGGUAUUCUCAUGCCUGCCUAACAAAGGCAACAGAAUUCUCCAUCAUCCUUUAAACUUACAUGUGUGUGUUGGGUUAUAUAUUCUUUUGACAGCAAAAAAGAAUCUAACUCUACUUUGUGUAGAUGAAAAUCUUUUAAGUAGACAGUAUCAUUUUGUGUGAAACUACAGCACAUAGUAUAGCUUUCCCCAGCUUGGUGCCCUCCAGAUGCAGAUUAGGAAUUCUCAGAAUGGGGGUCCUACACAUCUGGAAGGUACACAGGAAGGGCUGAUGUAGACUAUAUUAACAAGUAGAAUAGGUUUUAUAGGAGUAAAAGACAUUGAGAUGUUCAGAAAUUUAGAGAUAGAACAAUGUAAGGUAGCUAUACUUAGGAUCUUCUGUUCCAUUGUUAUAUUACAGAAAUGUGAAACCAGGCUUGACCCUCCUUAAAAGGGGAAGCAAGGAGAUACACAGAUCAUUGCAUUUUAGAAUUAAGAAUCUUUUUCUCAAUUACAAAGUAUAAUUUUAAUUAAUGCCCUUAGUUUGAAGUCUGAGCAUCAUAAAAUUAUGAAUGCAUAAGCUAAAUCUUUUAUUUUUUAGAACAAAAUAUUAAGUGAGAGCAAUUCAACUGCCAAACCAGAAAUUCUGGCACAUUUUUUUUUACUAAAUAAUUAACAUUAGAAUUGCAGUUAGGAAAAUUAAACUGUACAUAGUGUGCAUAAAAAGAAUUUCUUUGUAAAUUAUUUGGUAGAACACUUGAUGGGAAAUGUGGCUUCAGUGCAUAUUUGUUAAUUAAAGCUACCUCCUGAAAUAUAGAAGCUGCCAGUAGCAGAAUGUUUAAAUUGUGGUUUAUAUAUAUUUUUUCUAUUGUAAAUAAACUUCAGUUGUAUAUUAUUAUAAUAAAACCAGAAGCUUUGUGUAUCAAAAUUACUUAACUUGUACAAAAUAUGAACUAUUAUCCUUCUUGUAUACUAUAAUUUUGUAAGCCUAAAUCGUUCAUAGUAAAAUCAUAGAAAACUGAA